UGCGCCUAAAAAUAGAACAUGCAACCGAAACUACGUAAAGAAAGUCAAAAGAGAAAAAAUCUUCAUUCAAUACACACGAUAUUAGAAAAAAAGAAAAUCUAAAGAAAUUUUAUAAAAAAAGAAAAAAGCACAUUUCAGUUAGACGAAAAACUAUUAAAAACCGUUAAAAAUGGCAGAAAAUAACGCUCAAUCGACAGGAGAUAUUAACAAUAAUGAGCCACAGGAAAUUGUGGAAAAUCCUCAAGAAAAUCCAAAUAACAAUAAUGAAUUAUUGGAUAUGGUAUUCACAUUGGAAAGUGAAAAACAACAAUUGGUAGAAGAAUCGCGUAAACGUAUAGGAGCUUUGCGUAAAGAUUUAGAGGAGUCUCUAAGUGAAAAUGAAAAACUUAAGAAAAAGGUUAAUCAAUUGGAGCAAUCGCUAAAACAAUCCGUUAUGCUAGGUGGUGUAGAUGCACCAAAAACCAAGCAAGAUCAAGAGGAAUUAUUGCUAAAGGCCAAAACUCUGUUGUUCGAAAAAACUAAAGUCAAUAAACAGCAAGAACAACAGAUUGCUACUCUAAAGGAUCAAGUUGAAGCCAUGAAAGACGUGGUGCAGGUAACCAAAGAUAUGUUAAAUUUGAAGACAGCUGAAUGUGAACAUAUGCAAACCCGAUUGGAUAAAUCACAUUUGUGGAUAAAAGCAGAAAAAGAUAAAUGUCUUAUCACCGAAAAGAAAUUGGCCAUAUCAAAGAGUGUUUACGAUAAACUUAAAUCUGAACACGAAAUUCAAACAAAAAUUCAUAGAGAAUUGAAAGAAAUCUAUGAGCAAAAGAUUAAACUUUUAAAUGACACAAUAGAAAAACUUAAAGAAUAAAGAACUUAUUUAAUUAAAUCAAAUUAUAAGUUAAAAUUAGUAAUGUUGUGCUUAAUUGUUGUUAGUAGAAAAUGAAACAAAUAAAUUUAUUUAUAAAUAAUAAACAAUUUUUGUUUUGUA